UCUUCCGUCCUGCUUCCUCAGCCCUGGAGCUCGGCGGGGCUUGGGUGGGUCUCGACCGCGGCGGCACCGGCGGCGGCGAUAGUGACAGUGACUGCGUGAGACUCGGACGGAAAUGGCGAUGGCGAUGUCGGACAGUGGGGCGACCCGCCUGCGGCGGCAUCUGGAGUCGGGGAGCUUUGAGGCGCGGAUGUACGUGAAGCAGCUCUCGCAGCAGUCAGACGGGGACCGGGACCUGCAGGAGCACCGGCAGCGCAUCCAGGCGCUGGCGGAGGAGACGGCGCAGAACCUGAAGCGCAACGUCUACCAGAACUACCGGCAGUUCAUAGAGACGGCCCGCGAGAUCUCCUACCUGGAGAGCGAGAUGUAUCAGCUCAGCCAUCUGCUGACCGAGCAGAAGAGCAGCCUGGAGAGCAUCCCGCUUACCCUGCUGCCGGCUGCCGCCGCCGCUGGCGCUGCUGCGGCCUCCGGAGGGGAGGAAGGGGGAGGUGGCGCGGGGGGCCGAGACCACCUGCGGGGCCAGGCUGGCUUUUUUCCCACUCCCGGGGGUGCCUCCCGCGACAGUUCGGGUCAGGGCGAGGAAGGGAAGCAGCGCACUCUCACCACCCUACUCGAGAAGGUGGAAGGCUGCAGGCACCUGCUGGAGACGCCGGGGCAGUACCUGGUGUACAACGGGGACCUGGUGGAAUACGAAGCUGACCACAUGGCCCAGCUGCAGCGGGUGCACGGCUUUCUCAUGAACGACUGUUUGCUGGUGGCCACCUGGCUGCCGCAGCGGCGGGGGAUGUAUCGCUACAACGCUCUCUAUCCCCUGGAUGGUUUGGCCGUGGUCAACGUCAAGGACAACCCGCCCAUGAAGGACAUGUUCAAGCUGCUGAUGUUUCCCGAGAGCCGUAUUUUUCAGGCGGAAAAUGCUAAAAUCAAACGAGAGUGGCUGGAAGUGCUGGAGGAAACCAAGAGGGCCCUCAGUGAAAAAAGACGAAGGGAGCAGGAGGAGGCCGCAGCCCCGCGAGGACCGCCCCAGGUGACUUCCAAGCCCAGUAACCCAUUUGAGGAGGAAGACGACGACGAACCAGCUGUUCCUGAGGUAGAAGAGGAGAAGGUGGAUCUCUCACUGGAAUGGAUCCAGGAGUUGCCUGAAGACCUGGAUGUCUGUAUUGCCCAGAGGGACUUUGAAGGAGCCGUUGAUCUGCUGGAUAAGUUGAACCAUUACCUGGAGGAUAAGCCCAGUCCACCUCCUGUGAAAGAACUAAGGGCCAAAGUGGAUGAGCGGGUCCGGCAGCUCACGGAGGUGCUCAUGUUUGAGCUCUCCCCAGAUCGUUCCCUGAGAGGUGGUCCCAAGGCUACUCGAAGGGCAGUUUCUCAACUAAUCCGGCUUGGCCAGUGCACAAAGGCUUGUGAGCUGUUUUUGAGAAACAGGGCAGCGGCUGUGCACACUGCAAUACGUCAGCUUCGCAUCGAAGGUGCCACCUUACUCUACAUUCAUAAGCUGUGCCAUGUCUUCUUUACCAGCCUUCUUGAGACUGCCCGGGAAUUUGAGACGGAUUUCGCAGGCACUGACAGUGGCUGCUACUCUGCCUUUGUGGUCUGGGCGAGGUCGGCCAUGGGCAUGUUCGUGGAUGCUUUUAGCAAGCAGGUGUUUGAUAGUAAGGAGAGCCUCUCUACCGCAGCUGAGUGCGUGAAAGUGGCCAAGGAGCAUUGUCAGCAACUGGGUGACAUUGGGCUCGACCUCACCUUCAUCAUCCAUGCCCUUCUGGUGAAAGACAUCCAAGGGGCCUUGCACAGUUACAAAGAAAUCAUCAUCGAGGCCACUAAGCAUCGCAACUCUGAGGAGAUGUGGAGGAGGAUGAACUUGAUGACCCCAGAGGCCCUGGGCAAGCUCAAAGAGGAGAUGAAGACUUGUGGGGUCCGAAACUUCGAGCAGUACACCGGGGAUGACUGCUGGGUGAACCUGAGUUACACCGUGGUUGCCUUCACCAAACAGACCAUGGGCUUCUUGGAAGAAGCCCUGAAGCUGUAUUUCCCAGAGCUGCACAUGGUACUUUUGGAGAGCCUGGUGGAAAUCAUCUUGGUUGCCGUGCAGCAUGUGGAUUACAGCCUUCGGUGUGAGCAGGAUCCGGAGAAAAAGGCUUUUAUCAGACAGAAUGCAUCCUUUCUCUAUGAGACCGUCCUCCCGGUGGUGGAGAAGAGGUUUGAAGAAGGUGUGGGGAAACCCGCCAAGCAACUCCAGGACCUGAGGAAUGCAUCCAGACUUAUUCGUGUGAACCCUGAAAGUACAACGUCAGUGGUCUGAUGCCCCUGGCGCUGUGUCUAUGACUACCUUGAAUGGGAAAUUUCAGAUAGACAAAAUGAAUUUGCUCUAAAAAGUGGAUUUUAUACCAUCUGCACAUCGCUAAAUGAAGAAAAUAUAACGGAGGCCAUAUGACCUAGGAACUAGGAACAUAAAUGACAAGGGUCUGUUUUUUAAUACCUAUAGAUCCUGAGGGAAC